UACCUCCUCGCGGUGCCGGAUGGGCAACACUGUCGUGGACAGUGCUGUGGGGGGAGAGCCAAUGCCCAUUGGCCUCUCCCCUCAUGGCGUCUGUGACCACCACAGUGGCUAAACGGGGGCUCUGGACGGGUGCGAGGGGCUGGUAACCCCUCCACCUUCAAUUUAUUACCACGAAACUACGAAUUAAACAUAAAUAUGUAACUAAUAAGCUUGUGCUGGAGGCCCCGGGGAGACAGGCGUCUAUAACAUCUCCUGGCCAAACCCCAAUUGGCGGAGCCAGGAGAUUAAAUCUUCACCCUCGGGGCUCCUCCAAAAACAACGAAAGCCACUAUGGAUGGCCACGUGGAAUGUUCGAACGCUCACUGCGGAGGAGAGGCUGCCACUCCUUUGUCAGGAGCUGGAUCGGUACUGCACACACACACACAGACAUACAGACACACAGAUGAGACACAACAUACAUCCGUCCUCGGGCCGUGACGUCAUAUCCGCUUCCGCCCAGUGUGCCGCUGGAGCCACGCUGCGAGCUGCGUGCUGAGGAGCGCCUCUCUGCACGAAGCCUCCUGGAGCCUCUCCCGGAGCAGUCACCAUGGAGGCUCAUGGGCUGCGCAGUACCUCACGCACCCUCGUGGCGCUGCUCGUGACGAGCUACGCGUUCCUCACGUCUGGGCCCACGGAGGAGAAGAAUUUCUCCCCGAACUGGCUGGUUAACCUGGGGGGAGCCUGGGAGGUCCAACCGCCACAGGCCGGGCAGCCUCUACCUCUCGCCAAAGCGACCGUGGCUGUCCACAUCAGCGACCGGCUCGCAGAUCACGAAGCCAAGAGGGAGCCUCGAGUCACUUCCUCUCCCAUCCAUGGCGUGGAGGUUCCCCAAGGAGGAGGAGGAGAAGACGACGACCCAGCUCCCUUAGGGUGGAAGACCUUCAUGGAGAUGCUGCACAGCAGGCCGGUGGCCAUCGCCUACGAGGUGGCGAGUGCAGGGAUCGCCCUCCUCAGCCUCGGAGUGUGGCUGAAGAAUGCAGUGUGGCGUCCGCGACCUCCUGCCAUGCCAGCAAUGGCCGUCCACACCACCAACCUCCCGAAACAAAAGGCUCGGUCGAACUUGGCCGAGAUGGUACCUCAAGCAGCUUCUUCUUUAGGCUGUUGGAUGAUGGUUCCGCAAGAUGGAGAAUACCCGUCUCCCUCAAGGUGGACGACCUUGAUGAAGAUGCUGCACAGUGGGCCGGUGGCCAUCACUUACCACGUGGAGAGCACGGGGAUCACCAUUACCAGCCUAAGAGUCUGGCGGAAGAAUCAACUGAAGUCAUCGCAACGUGGACGAGUUUAUCGAAGCCGCCACAUGAGAGGAUCCAUGUGGAAAUUGGCUCGGGGCAAGCGCCACCCCAUGAAAAUCAAGAGGACCCACAGAUCCCUCAAGACUCAGCUGGAUGGCUGCUCCAUGAUGAAUAGCUCACCAACACUUAAUAGCGCACCCACCAACAGCACCACUCCUACCAACACCACCAUGACAAACCCCACCCCGACCAACAUUGCUAUCUCGACUAACACCAUCACACUUUCAAAUACCACCACCUCUACCAAUGCUAUCCUGACUAACACCACCACCUCUUCCACCCCUACAAACCCUACCAACAACAUCUUCUCCACCUUCACCACCACCAGGACCGACACCAUUACCCCAGCUGAGCGUGAGUGGUGUCACCUCAUGAUCAUGGCCCGCACCAAUGCCCGCUGCACUACAAUAAGCUCAAUUAUCCCUACCAGCUCAACCACCAACUCCCCCGCUCCUACCAACUCCACCACCUCGACCAAUCCCACGCCUACCAACAUUACCACGCCUACCAACAUUACCUCCUCUACCCUCACUACCACUCCCAGCCACAUCACCCCAGCUGAGCAUGUGUCCAGCCUCAUGAUCAUGAGGGAAAAGAGAUCACUCUUCAUGGCCCGGAUCAAUGCCUGCUCCACCACUCCUACCAACUCCACCACCUCUACCAACCACACACCUACUAACACUACCUCCUCUACUAACCCAACCCUGACCAACAUCACUUCCUCUACCCUCACCACCACUCCUUCCCACAUCAUCACCCCAGCUGAGCGUGAGUCCCGCCUCGUGAUCAUGAGGGCAAAGAGACCACUCUUCAUGGCCCGGAUCAAUGCCUGCUCCACCACUCCUACCAACUCCACCACCUUUAGAAUCUGCACACCUACCAACACUAACACCCCUCCCAACACCGCUACCCUGACCAAACGCAACUACUCCGACGAACACCACCACUCCUACCAAAACCAACCCUACCAACGCCAACCCUAUCAACACCAACCCUACCAACACCAUUAUUCUUACUACUACCCCUACCAACACCAACCCUACCAGCACCAAUCCUACCAACACAAUGACUCCUACCAAUACGACCACCCCAACCGACACCAUCACUCUUCCCAACAACAGUCCUAUCAACGUUACCUAUCCUACAAACGCCAACUCUAUAAACACCUUGACCCCUACAAACACCACCACCCCAAAUAAGAAAUAAUACAAAAUAAAUAACAUUACAACAUCGCUGCACCCUUUGCAUGUUAGCGUGCUGCGCUACGAAGCCGGCGACCGGAGUUAAAUUUCCGCUCAUGGCCAACACCAGUGAUCGACUCAGUCUCAAAUUAGUGCCUGGUACUCAUUUAGCUGAGGCUACCUCGCAUGCCAGUCUGUUAAAUCUUUACGGGGGAUCUUUGUCUUUGACAUAUCUGUGGGCUAGAGUGUAGCUUGAUUUAUUGUUCAUGUGAGGGAUGCGCUUUGCCUGCAGCCGCCACUACAUCUCCGCUCAUGUGUGUUUAGCCGUGUCAGUGACGCGCCACGAUGUAGCUACUGCUGCUGUCACUGUCACGACCCGGUCGGUGCCGGGUGCUCUGGGACGAAAUAAAAAAAGUGGCACGAGGAUUAUCGCUGCUACUCCAGCAGAUCAAGAACGGUUCUCAUGGAGUCAUCAAAAUGCACCUGAAAUCACAGCUGACCAUCUCAAUCACAUCUGUGAAAUGUCAACGGUGGUGUCCGUUGCCCCUGCUGUGAGUGGUGGAGAUGUCCUUGAGCAGUGGUGAUGUCCCUGAGUGGCGGUGGAGAUGUCCCUGAAUAUUGGUGGAGUCUGUACAACGCGGCUGCUGUAUUCGUGAUUAAAGAACCUGAGCCGAGCGUGCUUGGUGGAGCUCAGCAGAAGGUGAUGAGCCGGAGGUGUGAACUGAAAGUUCGAGCUCAAGGCGUGAGCUCAAGGUGUGAGCUCGAGGUAUAAGCUGGUGAUGCGGUCUGGAGGUGAGCACGCGGUGUCCCUGUGCACACAAGCGUGGUGCGGGAGGUGGCCCGAACUAAACUUUUUAUUUACCAGGUAAGGCCCACUGGUCCAAUAGCUCUUUUUCAGAAACUUACCUGGUCACAAAUAAUAUCUCAAUGAAGUGGCUCAUCAUCUGAAAAUAUAUGUCAAAUACUAGAAACGUAUGUUUCUCAAUGUGGAGGGGAAAACCAGAGGAGCCGUAGAAGAAUCUACGCGACCACGGAGAAAACACGCAAACUCCAAAUAUACAGGUGUCGGGGUCGGAAUCGAACCCACGUCUCCCUGUAUACCAGGCGAGGUAGUUGACAUCUCUCAAUAACUGCCUCCUCAUAGCCGUAUCUCCACAAAAACAAUGCGAGUGGUUAUACUCAUCCCGUCAGCCUUCUGAGAGUAGAUCUCAGCAGCAUCAUUGAUUCAACACAAGCAGCAUCCUGGUGAGGAUUGGACACUUGGUGACUAAUCAGCAGUCAGGCUUGCUUGAACCAACACUGAUGAAUUGCCAGGUCCUCUUGGCAGGGACCCACUCUGAUAGACAUGGAUCAAGUUCAGCAAAUAACUCUGUCACGCACUGGCUCGAGCCUGGCCCUGCGGAUGUCACUGGAGUGCACGGAUACACGGCACCCUCUCCUGGGUGAAUCUCUGGCUGCGAUGGCAGUGGCGCACGAACACA